CGCCGCGGCGGCGCGCGGGGCGGGCUCUCAGGCUCUCGCGCCCCCGCGCACGCCCGGGCGUUGCGGAGCCCCUGGCGUUGGGCCCCAGAACGGGGUCUCCGACCGUGCGCGAGGCAAGAUGUUGAGGCGCAGCUUGGAAAACCGGGAUGCUCAAACCAGACAACUGCAAGAUGCUGUCACAAAUGUGGAGAAGCACUUUGGAGAGCUGUGCCAAAUCUUUGCUGCUUAUGUGCGGAAAACUGCCAGACUGCGAGACAAAGCCGACCUCCUGGUGAAUGAAAUCAACGUGUAUGCCUCUACAGAGACCCCGAAGUUAAAGCAGGGCCUGAAAACCUUUGCUGACGAGUUUUCCAAACUUCAGGAUUAUCGACAAGCAGAGGUUGAAAGACUUGAAGCCAAAGUAGUUGAACCUUUGAAAGCUUAUGGAACCAUUGUAAAAAUGAAACGAGAUGACCUCAAAGCAACAUUAACAGCAAGGAAUCGAGAAGCUAAACAGUUAACUCAGUUAGAAAGAACACGCCAGAGAAACCCAUCUGAUCGACAUGUUAUUUCACAGGCAGAAACUGAAUUACAAAGGGCCACAAUGGAUGCUGCUCGAACAACUCGCCAUCUGGAGGAGACUAUUGACAGCUUUGAAAAGCAGAAAAUAAAGGAUAUAAAGACUAUAUUUUCAGAAUUUAUCACUAUCGAAAUGUUAUUUCACGGCAAAGCUUUAGAGGUCUACACUGCUGCCUACCAAAAUAUACAAAAGAUUGAUGAAGAAGAAGAUUUAGAGGUUUUCCGAAAUUCUCUGUAUCCACCAGAUUAUUCAUCCCGUUUAGAUAUCGUAAGAGCAAAUUCAAAGUCACCUCUUCAGAGAUCACUGUCAGCUAAGUGUGUAUCUGGAACAGGACAGGUAUCCACCUGUCGACUAAGAAAGGAUCAACAAAUAGAAGAUGAUGAUGAAGAGGAUGAAGACUUAGAUGUUACAGAAGAAGAAAAUUAAAUUUCUUAAGUAAACUUUGCAUUUCCAUUUUCAUCUUAAAUGACUUGGAAUCCAUAAUGACUAAAACUGUAAAACUUUAUACUGGCUUGAAAUGAAAUGAAAUGAAAUCCUACUGGAAAUGGAGAGAGAAAUUAUUAAAGGAAAUUUAUGCUGACCAAAAAUGAAGGUUUUAAAAAAUAUUACACACCAGUCAUUUCAACAUUCUGUCUAGCAGCAUGUGAUCUUUUUGUAUAGGUUCCAUUUUUUAAAAAAGAUUGUGUAUUUCAGAAGUAUUUCAUAUUAAUGCACUAUACCUAGUUGAGGUUACACUAGUUAAAUAGAUAACAACAACAAAAAAAUCUAACAAUUCCACUUGCUUCCUUUAGGUUAAGACACCAUGCUUUCAAUACCAGAAAAGGGUCCUAGAUAGUCAUUCUGAUGAAAUACAAAUUCUGUUCCAUAAAGCUUUAAUCAAAAAGCCAAGUUUUCUUUUUUUACUUUUUUUUCACUUCUAUUACAACCUGAAGUUUCAUCAUUCGAUAUAUAAAUUUACUUUUCAACGAGAGUAUGAUAGUCACUCUUAACAAUAAUAGGACACUAGGAUAUUGGUGUUUUACAACUAUACAUAAAGCAUAAAUUUUAACUUUAGAAAGCUACGUUCAGCUUGAUUCUGGUUUUAAAACGAAGCCACUGUCAUACUAAAGUGCUAUAUAUGGCACUACAACUUUUGCAAAGCUAUGAUUUGGUGGAAUGUUGCCCUAAAAAACAUCAUGGAAAACCAUAAAUCAGUAAAAAUUCUAUAAAACUUUUACCAAAUUACCAUCUAGUCAAUAAAAGAGUGUACAGUCACUCUUAUUCCUGAAAAUAUAAAACAAUUUAAUCAAAGCCUUUCAGUAUGUCUGAUGCUUUUAUUCUUUGGAUGGGGAAUUGUACUUCUGUUAUUUCAUAGAUCCCAGUCAGGCAUAUAAAAAUUAGGAAAUGAUCAUUUGGGAUUACCACAAAAAGAUAACAGAAAAAUAAAGACUUUCCAGAAA